AAACAAAACAAAUAUUGUCCAAUUUAGGGCUACUUGACUAAAAUUAUAAUAUAAGAAGUGGCUGUAGGAACACUAUCAAGGAACAAACCUUUUUUUUUUUUGGUUUAGAACAAUUGAACAUGCACUUGCGUAAAAAAAGUUGCUGACAUCACUUUAAAAAAAGAAAAAGAUGUAAAAAUGUGCAAAACACGCGCCAUAAGCAGAGGUGGUCAUAACACAUAUAAAUUAUUAUAAGAAACAAUAAUUAUUUGUUUUAGUUUUUAUUUUUAAUUUUUUUAAAUAAUAAUAAUUCGGUUAUAGUGUUGCUGUCGCUCUCUUCCUAUAUUGCGAUGCCACCCCACCUUCUUCUUUGGCUUCCCCCCUUUCAAAGUUACACCCUUCUUUACUCUCCAAUUUUUUCUCCCUCAUUUUCAUUUCCAUCACUUUCUCACUUCCCAAACACCCCCACUUUCCUAUUAUUCUCUAUUUUAGUUUCCCUUUUUCUUUUUUCUUUUUUUUUUAUAAGCUCUCCAAAACUACUACUACUCCCCAUACCAACAACUUUCCAAUUCUUAUUCCUUUCUCUCUCUCUCUCUCUGUUUCUCACUAUGACAGACCGAGUUUAUCCCUCGGCUAAACCAGCCGCCGGAAACGGCGUCGCUAACCCUGCGUUUCCGGCGACCAAGGCCCAACUAUACAGCAAUGCCCGCCCGGCUUACCGCCCCCAACCUCACCCGUACCGUCGCCGUAGCCGUUGCUGCUCUUGCUGCUUAUGGUCCACAGUUGCUAUACUCGUCCUUCUCUUUAUCGCUGGAGUCGCCGGAGUAGUCUUCUACGUUAUGUACCGUCCUCAACGCCCUUCCUUCUCCGUCACCUCACUUAAACUCUCGUACCUCAAUCUCACCUCUGCUAAUUCUCAACUCAACUCCAAAUUCGACCUCAGUGUGACUGCUCGCAACCCUAACAAGCAUCUCGUCUACACCUACGAUCCUAUUUCCAUCUCGAUUUACUCCGGAGACGUCGAUAUCGGCGACGCCGUAAUUCCGUCCUUCGUCCACGGUAAGAAGAAUACCACAACGCUGAAGACUUCGAUUGUGAGCAACCGCAGAGCGAUCGAUACCUCGGCGGCGAGCUAUUUGAGGACGAACAUGAAGAGCAAGAGUGGUAUGCCAGUGAGGGUAACGAUGGACACUAAAGUGAAAGGCAGAGUCGCAGCGUUGAAGUCGCCGAAAAUUGGGGUUAGGGUUUCUUGCGACGGAAUUAGGGUUACUCUACCGACGGGGAAAAAGGCGGCGACGGCAUCAACUGCCAAGGCUAAGUGCAAGGUUGAUGUUAGAAUUAAGAUCUGGAAAUGGACCUUUUAAGCUUUGAACAAGAAUUUUAUGAGAUUUAUUUCCCAAAACAAAAGGUGUGUUUUAUUUUUUCGUAAUUUCAUUUUCAAGAUUUGUAUUUUUUUUUCUAGUUUAAUGUGAUUAAUUUUGUUAUACUUUUUUGUUUUGUGAUUUAAAUUGUUUUUUUUUUUGUAUAGUAAUGAAGAGAAAAUAUGGUGAUCGAUUGUAUUAAAUAUAGGAAAUAAUAUAUUGGUUUAUGAAUAGUUUUCAUUUGUUAAA